GAACAAGAAUUACAGACACGAAUUCCACACAAGUAGCCAGCAAAAAGAACGUACAGUUACCAACGGAGGCCGAGAGUCUGCCGAGCGGGACAAGCUGCACGUCGACUCGGUUUAUCCUUUCAACCCCUCCAACCCGUCUAUCCACAACCUCUAAUUCGGAAGGCUCUGAAGGAUCUGCGGGGCGUUUUCUCAUUUCCGGAAGGUGCACAGACCUUCAGGCGUCCCAAGGGCAAGGUCAGGAUACGUGACAAAGUGCAGGAGGAUCUCGAGGGCGAAUUAUAGGGUCGCCGGAGGUUAGGAGAGGUUGAAAGGUUACACAAGAUUCAGACGUUUGAGAGACGAUUCCAUCGCAUCGCUCAGCCUUGAAGAUUUCCCAAGGUCAAGAAAAGAAGGAGUGAAGGACGAGGCACAAUGCAGGACAUCGGCGAUCCUAUGAAAGUGGAGGUUCCGAAGAUCAACGACUUGUUCAGCCUCGACCCCUACAUCAAGCCCUUCGAGAGGGAGAUCAGGAGGAGUGGAUAUGGAUGCUUUAAGAAAUUACUCAGCCAAAUAACUGAAGCAGAAGGAGGACUGGAGAAAUUCUCUCGUGGCUAUGAGACCUUUGGCAUCCAUGUUAAUCCAGACAACAGUGUGACCUGCCGAGAAUGGGCUCCCUUGGCCCAGGGACUGUUCCUCAAAGGGGAUUUUAAAGUUGGACUUUGCAAAUGGCGAAAAACCGUGACUCCACCCCCACCCCGAUGGACCCUGCCCAUUCCCCUUGUCACGUUCAAGAUCAUAAAGAACAACACAAGUGUUCUGGAUGUUAACCUUGGUAUUUUUAAGUUAGCACACAAUAGGCUUGGACUUUGCCACGGGUUCAUGCUUUGUAGGAAUGUAGCCAUGGCACAAUGCCCAGUGUUCCCGAUCCUCUGGUCCUCAGCUAAAAUUGCUUGGAAUAUUGGUGUCUUGUCCUCAAAGGAUCAGGUAAACAGCUGCUAUAUUUCAUAUACAGUUGAAACACUCAUGUUUUUUGGUUUCUACAUCAUAGGUCAGGGGAGCCUGCGUGCAGGACGAUUGGAACCAGGCUGUUGCUCGGACCGGGCGGCACUCUGCUAUGUCCGACACGUAGGAGUUCUGCGCCAGUUUGAAUGGUUGCAUGGAAAAAAUUGUGAAUCAUUAAAGAGAAUUCAAAAUUUUUUGCUAAAUGAAUUUUCUUUUAUGGAGUUCACUAAACUUGAUAGAUUUGAGAGAUACUCUUUGGUCAUAUCUGAUAAUAGUUUCAAGAAUAUGGAUAGACUUCAGAAAUGUCUCCUUAUUAACCCAGUGCCGAAGGGUAAAAAUGUUUGGCGAGGGGACGUGGGACUCCUGACCCCAAAAGAUACUAUGGUGGACCGACUCUGUCCCUGGGCCUCGUAUGUGCUGCAGCCACCCAAGUCAGAGGGGAUCGCCUAUCAGCAUCAUUUCUGGAACCCUCCACCAGAAGAGAAAUAUACCUUCAAGCACCCAAAGCCAAAGAAGCCAUCAAGUCUGAGGAUCUAUGAGUGCCAUGUUGGCAUUGGUACUAGUGAGCCUAAAGUUGGAACAUACAAGGAGUUUACCCAUAAUGUUCUUCCCAGGAUAGCAAAGUUGGGGUACAAUGCUAUCCAGUUGAUGGCCAUUAUGGAACAUGCAUACUAUGCCAGCUUUGGGUAUCAGGUGACCAGUUUCUUUGCUGCUUCAAGCCGGUAUGGAACACCAGAAGAACUCAAAGAAAUGAUUGAUACCGCUCAUUCCAUGGGGUUGUAUGUUCUUUUGGAUGUUGUGCAUUCUCAUGCAUCCAAAAAUGUCUUGGAUGGUCUUAAUGAGUUUGAUGGAACAGACUCCUGCUAUUUCCAUGGAGGUGGCAGAGGGAUACAUGAUCUUUGGGACUCAAGAUUAUUCAACUAUUCAAACUGGGAAGUGCUGAGGUUCCUUCUGUCUAACCUUCGCUGGUACCUUGAAGAAUACAGUUUUGAUGGAUUUAGGUUUGAUGGUGUGACUUCCAUGCUGUAUCACUCCCAUGGAAUAGGUGAAGGUUUUAGUGGAGAUUACAAUGAAUACUUUGGGCUGAAUGUGGACAUAGAAGCUUUAGUAUAUCUCAUGCUUGCUAACCACAUGCUCCAUGAGCUCAGCCCAGAGAUUAUAACCAUUGCUGAGGAUGUCUCAGGAAUGCCUGCUCUUUGCCGGCCAGUAACAGAAGGUGGUGGAGGAUUUGACUACCGUCUGGGCAUGGCCAUUCCUGACACCUGGAUUAAGCUAUUAAAGGAGAAGGUAGAUGAUGAUUGGGAUAUGGGGAAUAUAUGCCACAUUCUUGAGAAUCGACGCUACAAGGAAAAGACAGUUGCUUAUGCAGAGUCACAUGACCAGGCACUUGUAGGAGAUAAGACCUUGGCCUUCUGGCUCAUGGACAAAGAGAUGUACACUCACAUGUCAAAGAUGUCCCCUCCUUCGCUGAUCAUAGAUCGUGGACUGGCCCUACACAAGAUGAUCCGCCUGAUCACACAUGGCUUGGGAGGAGAGGCCUACCUUAACUUCAUGGGUAAUGAGUUUGGACACCCAGAGUGGCUAGACUUUCCUCGCAUUGGCAACAAUGAAAGCUACCAUUAUGCACGCCGCCAGUGGAAUGUGGUUGAUGAUACCCUCCUGAAGUAUCAAUACCUUAAUAACUUUGAUGCUGCCAUGAAUAAAGCUGAAGAAAAAUACGGUUGGCUAAGAGCAGACCCUGGAUAUACAAGCACAAAGCACCAAGGAGACAAAGUCAUUGCAUUUGAAAGAGCAAACUGCAUCUUCAUUUUCAACUUCCAUCCUUCUAAAAGCUACACGGACUAUAAGGUUGGAGUUGGUUGUCCUGGGAAAUACAAGAUAGUACUCGACUCAGAUGCUGAGGAAUUCGGUGGCCACAAACUCCUAGAUCAUAACACAGAAUUCCACUCGAUCAAUGAAGGCUUCAACAGUCGUCCUAAUUGCCUGAUGGUAUAUAUCCCCAGCAGAGUAGCCAUAGUCCUUGCUAAAGUGGACUAAGAAAGGGAGGCUAAAUCAGCCAACUGAAACCAAGUGUGUUGUAACAGUAUAUAUGAUAUUGUGUGAUAGAAGAUUAAAAGAACUGGAAAUAACCUGAGGGUGUUUGUUGAUAUUUCAUUUUGAUUUUUUAUAUAUAUUUAUUAUAUACUGCAGUAUAAUAAUUUUUCUAUAUAUUGUAUAUUUCUCUGUUGCUAUAUGAAAUAUAUAUACAAACGUGUAAUUUAUAGGAGUUAUAUUAGAUUAUUUAUAUAUCAUCUAUAUUUAAAGUAAACAGAGUAAUAAACUGGAAAAGAACAUACUAUGUAAGUUAACAUAGAUAAUGAGUAGAUAUACCGAGAAUUAAAAUUUGUGCAGAGGUCUUAAAUUUUCAUUGUGUUUGGAGGCUAACAAUCAGAAGCUCAAAUAGGCUUUUAUGCUUCAUGGAGAAGAUUGACUCACUAUAGGAAAUAACAUAAUUGCGUAAACCUGUGUAUUUGCAUGUUAGUUGAUAUGAAAAAGAAUGAAUAUAAUAUUUUCUGGUAGGAGCUUUUUUCAUUAUAUAGAAGGUGCCAGUUUAUUGUACUGAUGUUAUGCAUUUAUGAACUCUUAAUGAUAUAUUUUUGUAGUUAUUAUUAAUUUAGUUGUCUUCCAGAGAUUUAUAAAACAGAACAUUAAGUGAGUAAAAUUUGAGUGCUCUCCAUGAAAGAGUGCAAUGUAAAGAUAAUUAUGCGUAACCUGAUGAUUGCAAGGAGCUUCAUUUGGUCUGUAAAUUGAAGGAAAACCUUACACUCACGAAAAGAGGGUUGAGUAAAUACACUUGACUGCAGUGGCUCAGUGUCGCAAAGUUUCUGUUACUUGCUCUCUAAUAAAAUGAAGCUGCAGCCAUUGUGUCGAGUGUGAGUUAGGUUUAUCUCCUUAUAUCAGGUGGUCUUUUUUUGUAUUUGUAUUUGGGUGUGCUAUGAUGAGAUGCUCUUUUUUUCUCUUUUCCAUGAUUUUGGUGCCAUUUCUAUCGGUAUUUUUUCCUCCUCUCUUUUUAUGCUAAUCUAAAUUGUGCUCUGAUGAUCUGUUCAUUUGCAGUCUGUUAUUUUUUUGGAAAACAAUAAAUUUCCAGCCAGUUUAUAAGACUGGAGGUAAUAGAAAUUAUCAUAUUUUCAUGUACCUUAUAUGCAAAUGUUAUUGAUUUCUAACCUAAUGCCUUUUAUUGUCUCUACUUUUCUGAGGAAGCAAAGUGUAUCUGCAUUUUGUGUUGCUCUUUCAGUUUUUUUAUUAUUUGUAAUAUGCAUGCUUUAUGAAUUAAUGGAGCCACCUGUUGGAUAUUUGCACUGCACAAUAACUGGAUUACUCUUCUCCCCGUUUCUAUCUUGGUCUCUCUCCCUCACCAUCUCCUUCUCUUCUCUCUCCUACUCCAACUCUCACCCUUACUCUUCCUCCUUAUCCCUCUCCCUCUCUUUCUUGCCAUAAUUAGAUUUACAAGAUGAACAAGGAAAGAAAAAUGUCCAUCUGUUGGAAAUGCAUCAUCAAAGGAAACAAAAAUUGGUGCCUUGAAAGAAUUGCUUAGAUGUUUCUUGACGCUGUUCUAGAAAGUGUAAUUUAAUCAAUUUACAGUAUUUUUAAAUAUUUGGGUGUUCGGUCAUCCAUGUACUUUGAGGGGAUAUCAAAAUUAUUUCUUUGAAGUAUAACAAUUUCAAAGAAUAAUUUCUUUCCUCUUCAGGCAGUGGAUGGCAUUGAGCAUACAUCUCAGUCUCUGUGAUACCUCAAGAUAGUGCUGUAAAUAGAUUUGUUAUAAAUAGAAGUUAUUUUGUGUUACCAUUUAACCUUGGAUGUAAUGCAGGAGUGACGGUGUAGUUUUCAGUUUUGAUAUUAUUGCCAUAACAUCUAAGAGCCGGUACAUUAAUCGAUGCUUAUUUUAAGUUCUAAUUAAUGCAAAUGUAUUUUCUUGAUAAUAAAGAAUAUUACAAGCCA